UAUGUCAUGCUCCCACUAGGAGUCGUGAAUGUGAACAAUGUGUUUGAAGAUCCAGAAGGCCUAAAGAAACAACUAUUGCAGCUAAAGGAAGCAGGCGUUGAUGGCGUGAUGGUUGAUGUGUGGUGGGGGAUCAUAGAACUGAAGGGUCCAAAACAAUAUGAUUGGGGGGCAUAUAGGAGCUUGUUCAAGCUGGUUCAAGAAUGUGGCCUGAAACUGCAGGCAAUAAUGUCAUUCCAUCAAUGUGGAGGAAAUGUAGGAGAUAUUGUCAAUAUCCCAAUUCCAAAAUGGGUGCUUGAGAUUGGAGAUUCGGAUCCUGAUAUCUUUUACACCAAUAGAUCAGGUAACAGGAACAUAGAGUAUCUCAAUAUUGGUGUGGAUAACCUCCCUCUUUUCCAUGGUAGAACAGCCAUCCAGAUAUACAGUGAUUACAUGAAGAGUUUCAAGGAAAACAUGUCAGAUUUUAUAGAAUCCGGACUAAUUAUAGACAUUGAAGUUGGGCUUGGACCAGCAGGAGAGCUAAGAUUCCCUUCUUAUCCACAAAGUCAAGGAUGGGAAUUUCCUGGUAUUGGGGAGUUUCAGUGCUAUGACAAAUAUUUGAAGGCAGAGUUUAAAGCUGCUGCAGCUAAAGCUGGCCAUGCUGAAUGGGAACUGCCAGAUGAUGCAGGGUCUUACAAUGAUGUACCAGAAUCUACUGAGUUCUUCAAAUCAAAUGGCACAUACCUCACUGAGAAAGGGAAGUUCUUCUUAACCUGGUAUUCCAACAAAUUGCUGAUCCAUGGCGAUCAGAUCCUAGAGGAAGCCACCAAAGCUUUCCAGGGCUGCAAUGUCACGAUAGCAAUUAAAGUCUCUGGAAUUCAUUGGUGGUACAAAUCUGAAAGUCAUGCUGCUGAGCUCACUGCUGGAUAUUACAACCUUCAAGAUAGAGAUGGGUACCGUCCUAUUGCAAGGAUGCUGACUCGUCAUCAUGCCAUUUUGAACUUCACAUGUCUUGAGAUGAGGGACUCGGAACAAAGCUCUGAUGCAAAGAGCGCUUGGAGAGAAAAAAUUGAAGUUGCUGGUGAAAAUGCACUGCCAAGGUAUGAUGCUGCAGCUUACAACCAAAUGAUACUGAAUGCUAGACCAAAUGGUGUCAACAAAAAUGGCCCCCCAAAACUAAGCAUGUAUGGGAUAACGUAUCUCCGUCUUUCGGAUGAACUACUGCAAAAAUCAAAUUUUGCUAUAUUCAAAAAAUUCGUGCUAAAGAUGCAUGCAGAUCAGGAUUAUGUUGAAGAUCCUAACCAGUAUAAUCAUGUCAUAAUUCCACUGAAGCCAUCAGGACCGAAAAUUCCCCUUGAGGAAAUUCUUGAAGCAACCAAACCAAUACCACCAUUCCCCUGGGACUCAGAGACAGACAUGAAAGUUGAUGGCUGAACUAAAGAUUUAAGAUAUGAUCACAAAAAUCAGCUGGAACUAGAAUUAGUUAUGAUAAUGAAUAAAGCAGCUGUUGAGCUGCAUAUGCAAUGCUAAUGAUAUGAUGAUGCAAGAAUGUAGCAAUGUCUAUGCCUUUAGACAUAUAUACCGUGUGUACUUGUAUUGUAUGAGUUAUUUUGAAUCUAUGAAUCUAAUAAACUAUUUUGCUAUACCUA